CUCGUGUGCCAUUGUAAAGCAGCGUUGCCAUCGUGGACUCCGGCGUUGUUUCUCUACGACGACAGGGUUCCGCGGCGGGCAUGUCUGAGGCGGCUGUCGAAGGCGUGAUGUGGCAAACCGUGCGAGGAUCCGCAAAGAUGGACAGUCAUGGCUGCUCAAACGGUCUACGCGACGAAGAGAUCGACGCCGUGGCGAUGGCGGUGACUGCCGUCGUCAUGAACACGAUGGGCGACAAGGAGUCCUCAUCGCGCGACAUGCUGACGCGGCUCCGGCAACGAAGAGCGCUGUUGCAGAGCGUUGCAGAGGCGCCGGAUUGCGCGGCGACGUGUGAGGCAGUCGUCCAGUUGUGUGCCGCGGUGACGUCUGGCGUUUUCCCGCGGCAGACUCCGCGAUGGUGGAUCAAACGACGGACUGGCGGGACAUGGGAGGACCUCCGGCUUCGGGACGAUGCGACGGACGAGUACUUCUGGCAGAAGCUGCGCAUGUCGACGGCCAUGUUCAACCACAUCGUAGCCGCGUGCGCCGCAUACAUGGAGAAGAAGGUGACAUAGUGGGUGUCCGGAGAGACGUACGAGAGCAGCACGUCAGCAUCUGGCAUCGGCAGGGCAACUGGACUGCAGGCCGUCCGUGACGUCACUUCGGCGCUGCUGCAGGCGUACCCCGACGCGAUAAAGUGGCCAAUGGGCAGGAGACGUGCGCAGAUUCUGCGCGCUUUCCGUGAGAAGGGUUUCCCAAAUUGCUUCGGCGCUAUCGACUGCACACACAUCUACAUUGACAAGCCCGCCGGCGCACCUUCCGAGAACUACUACGACCGCAAACAGAAGUUCCCCGUGCAGGCGCAGGUGGUUGUGGAUUUGGAUUUGCGGAUCCUCGACGUCCACGUGGGAUACCCUGAAAGUGUGCACGACGUCCGUGUCCUGCACAAUUCCCAGUUGUUUAGGCGUGCAGAAAGUGGCGAGCUGUUCGACGCAACUCCGGAGAAUCUGCCGUAUGGUGUCGUCACGCGAGGCUACCUGCUGGGCGACAACGGUUAUCCAGUUGCCUGUCCGUGGAUUGUGUCGCCGUACGGAGGAAUCGACCAAGGUGCUGACGAGGAGCGCUUCGACACGCGGCAAAAGGUGGCACGGGGGUGUGUGGAGAGGGCAUUCGGCCGACUCAAGUGCAUGUGGCGUCUGUUCUUGCGCACCCAUAAGACGAACCUAGAGACCUUGCCACAACAAUCCGUGGCUGUUUGCACUCUCCACAAUAUCCUCCUAGACGCGGGGAUCGACUUCGACGAGAACCUUAUGUGGGAGGUGGAUGCGAACGGCGUUCGGCGUAAAGUGGACUUGGGCAUUGUGGGAAACGGUGCUCGCGGGCGGGGACGGUGCACGAACGUGGAAGGUGAAUUGUUGAGGGAUGCAUUGCGAGACCGCCUAACUUUGAUGUAGGACCGUGCGGUAGGGAGGUGGUGCACACGGGGUGGUUCGAUCGGUAGGCGGUUGGAGUUAUUACGUGGUCCGUGUCCAUGGUCGUCGUGCGCGUGGUUGGUUGGUCGAUGGAACGGCGGCAUGAUUGUCGUCAACGAUUUCAGAUUAUCGUUUUCAUGUUGUUGAUGGUCACGUGGUUCGCACAGUUGUGCGAAGUUUAAAGAUUGGAAGAACCUUUUUUUUGCCAGUGUGUGUCCUCAUCGUCAGGAGUUUUUGUCUUGUUAUAUACGUUUCCUGUCUUAAAAUCGU